CUCCUGACGGUCCACACACUGCCGCGGCGCUCCACCAACUCUUUUAAGAUGCUCUGCGACCGGCGACCGUAUCCCCUCAUCCUCACUGCUAGCCCAUGUCCUUCCAACCGGUCCUCAUGUGGCAAGAACAGGAUGUCUGCCCCUAUUCCAAUCUCUUCUUCUCCGGGCUGCGUAUGAUUGCGACGCGCCCAGCAUCCGUGAUUGUUAACCCAUCUGCUCCAUCGCCCAUCGAGCCGGAGUCUUCAAAAGUAGCAGGCAAACGGCCUGCCCACUUCCGAAAUGGGUCCUACCCUCAGCAAGAGUAUCCCGCACCCCGGACUGCUCACCCCAGAAUCAAUACGGACACGGAGACGCUGGACAUGCGUGUCCAAAGGCCGAGGAAUGAGUCUUCCACUUCCUCCAGGCACGCCGACGGUUUGCACGGUCGUGCGAAGUCGAGGCGAGAUGCUAUUCCCUCGUACUCGAAACCGUCUUCUUCGGGACGACCAAUCUCCCGCGAUAGCGACCGCGAGUCCAUCGCAAGCUCCCACACCGACAUAGACUACAUUACCUCCCCUCUUAACUCGUUCCUGUGUUUCCACCCUUCGCCCACCGACAGCACCGCGAGCCUCGUCUCACCACGACGCGAGCGACGCCGGUCGCUCGAGUCCACCAAGACAGUGCCCCUUCCGCCAAAGCGCACGUCGCGUGCCGAGAAACGACGGUCCAUCAUGAGCGUUAUUGACAUCCGUUCACCCAGCCCCAACCACGCCACGCGUGGUCAAGAGGGCACCGCCAACGGUUUGCCCGCCCACGUCAACGUGCGCAGUAAACGGUCGAGCGUCGGCGGCUGGGCGGACGAGGUGCUGAGAGAUUGGCGCCAGCGGGUGGACAGCCCCUCGCAGGAGGACCAGUCCUUCCUCAUCACGUCGUAGAGUUACUUGUAACUGUUGAUGAUGAUUAUGCGGUGACAGGCUCCACGGUACUCGGAUUCCACUUCAUUCUGAACGGACUAUGACAUACAUCUUGAUCUCUUGCCCCGGUCCUUUCAUGCACUCCGUG